AUGAACGCGGCGGCCGACGGUUACGGUUCGUCGUGCAUCAUGUCCAUGAGCUUGGACAGCUGUGGUAAGGAGCAGCUCAAGACGCAGUUCGUCACCAGGGAAGGUGUCUACAAGCUACUGACGUUGGCCACGUACUCCCGGCCGAACCGCAUCGGCUACAACGUGCAGACCAACACUUCCGUGCGGGUGUCGUUUGUCGGCUACUCGUCGUCGGAUACCAACGGCAACAACGACCGCAUGUGCUUCAACAUCGGACGCGAGCUGUACGUUUUCUAUUACAAAGGAACCAAAAAGGGAGCAGAUUUGACUAAACCCAUAGAUAAAAAAUUAUACAAAGGAAUAAGUCCAACAUGUCAUGACUUCAAUUCAACUGCCACAACUGAAGAUUCACUACCAUUAAUUGUGGGGUUUUCAACAGGAUUGGUACAGCUGAUUGAUCCUAUUAGAAAAGAUGUUAGCGUAUUAUUUAAUGAAGAGAAAAUCAUUGAUAAAACGAAAGUCACGUGUGUUAAAUGGGUACCAAAUUCAAAACAUUUAUUCCUUGCAUCACAUUCUAGUGGUCAGUUGUAUUUGUAUAAUGAAACAUUUACUUGUGGAACGACAACGCCAAGUUAUCAACAAGUUAAAUCUGGUGAAGGUUAUACAGUUCAUACAUGCAAAACAAAAAGCACACGAAAUCCAAUGUACCGAUGGUUAAUUGGCGGCGACUACAACAGUAUCAAUGAGUUUGCAUUUUCUCCAUGUAAUAUUUAUUUAGCAGUUGUUUCCCAGGAUGGAUUUCUCAGAGUAUUCCAUUAUGAUAAAAUGGAAUUGAUUGGAAUGGCUCGGAGCUAUUUUGGUGGAUUUUUAUGCGUUUGUUGGUCUCCUGAUAGUCGAUACAUAGUGGUCGGAGGAGAAGAUGAUUUAGUUACAGUCUAUAGUAUUUCUGAGCAUAGAGUCAUAGCCCGUGGUCAAGGACACCAUAGCUGGGUUAGUGUGGUGGCAUUUGAUCCAUAUACGAGUACACCACCGUCUAUGGAAUCAUGUUUACCCGGAUACUACAGACUAGGUUCCGUAGGUCAUGACACUCAAAUGUGCUUAUGGGACAUCACUGACGAUAUAUUGCAUCAUGUUACAUUAGUGUCACCACUUCCUGUGACAUCUAAACAAAACGGUGUUAUAAAUAAUGCAAAACACAAUGUUAAUGCUAAUAAUAUACAAAAACAGACUCAAGACCCUAUGAGAUUGAUCGGUACUACUGCUUGUCCACGUUUUGAUCAGUGUCCACGACUAGAACCAUUAAUUUGUAAAAAAAUUGCUCAUGAUCGAUUGACAGCUCUAAUUUUUCGUGAAGAUUGCUUUGUAGCUGCUUGUCAAAAUGGAUAUGUUUACACCUGGGCUCGUCCUGGAACAAUUACAAGCCUCAAUGCACAUUUGGUUUCAGAUCCAAACUCUAUCAUGUCAUCAUUAGAUCUACCUUCAUUAAAUCCUGCAUCUGCAGUCUAA